AUGGAACGUUCAGAAUCGCCUCAAUCAAAAGCCUAUCUAUGGCUAGUCAACAAUAUCAGCAACCAAACAUCUACUCACAAGGAUCUGCCGACCUAUCUAUGGCUAGUCAACAAUAUCAACAACCAAACCUCUACUCACAAGGAUCUGCCAAAGUGGAGACUGAUCCAAAGAUUUGCUCUGGCCACAAUCUACUCUUCUUUGAGAGGAGAUCAUUGGGUGCAGCAUCAUGAAUGGUUGGACUGGGAGACCAAUGAAUGCAACUGGGAACAAAUAGAUUACAUCCAAGAUUUCUCCAGCUGCAAUGAGAGAGGAGAAAUCAAGGCACUGGCAUUUGAGAAUGCCAAUAAUCUGGACGGAUCAAUUCCACCAGAGAUUUCAUUGUUGGGCCAUAGUCUGCAGCUUGUUAUAUUCCGUCAACAUAAGGAGCUCACUGGGGUCAUCCCAACUGAAAUUGGUCAGCUGACCAAACUGACAAAGUUGACAAUAAGUGCAACAAGUAUUGUUGGAACACUUCCAACAAAAUUUGGCACACUGCAGAGUCUGGAGACUCUUCAAAUUCAUUUGAACAAAAUUGAUGGCAAAAUACCAUCAGAGGUGGGCAAAGUAGGCAACCUAUCGGAGCUGAGUUUCUUGAGCUCUGAUAUAACAGGCUUAGUGCCUGCUGAACUUGGCAAACUAACAGAGUUAACGUCCCUUAUAUUGGCUGACUGGAAAAUCAUUGGCACUAUACCAAUUGAGCUUGGGAACUUGGUAGGGUUGAAAAGUCUCAGGUUGAAUCUGUCCGACCUUGCGCUUGGUUCCAAUCGCUUGAAGGGAACACUACUGUUUGAUUUCUUUUCCAAACUCACAAGGUUGCGACACGUGUACAUCAACGACAACCAAAUUUCGGGCUCUAUUUCAAGGCAAGUUGGUCUGGCAUCCAGCCUCAUCAGACUAGAACUGCAGAAUACCAAGCUCUCUGGGCCAAUGCCCACAGAGCUCUUGGCCUUGGACAACUUGACAAGCUUGGUAGUCACCAGCACAUCCUUGUCAAGGAGCAUUCCCGCAGAACUAUGUGAAAAAAUGUACAAGCACAAAUGGAAUUGCUUGGAACUCCAGCUGAAAGGCCACAACCACAAAGGAACAAACACCGCCACUAUCACCAUGUUGCGAAGAGGCCCGGCAGCCAGACGCAGGAGAAGGGCAGCCCCCGAUCGACCACAAGAAGAACCUGGCGAUCACCAGAACGUAACCGCUCCCUUGGAGGCUGGUGGAUCCUGUUUGAAUCUCGAUUUGUGCAUGGGUGCUGCCACGGUUCUGGAACGACUGCGACGAGUCAAUUCCGCCAUUAUGAGUGUUUCUUUGGAAGUGAAUCUCAUGUCGGAACUCAUAUUUGACCAAGAAUGGAUGGCCAUCAUGGAAUCCAUGGGUUCCUUGCCUUCGAUCCGCACCGUCUCGUUGAGUUUUCGAAUCCGAAUUCCCAUUCCCACCCAAGCCUUUACCAAACUGAUCGAACUGGCCACUCCCAUGGAGCAGUUGAAUCUGGUGGGCCUGCAAUUGUCCCAUACCAUAAUUCGAACGACAACAAGUUCGACUACUAGUGAGGAAGGAGAAGUAUCACCCGUCAACGAAUUGAUUCGGGCAUGUCAGAACGCCAAGACGUUGACCAGAAUCCAUCUGUGUCGCUACCGGCCAGUACCUCUGUAUUCCACAGCAGCAUCAGGCCAUGUUCGGUUGGCGGACCCACUGCUCUUAGCCCUCUCCAACUUGCCAAACUGCCAAUUGUUUCACUUGGAGAGAACAAAUGUCUUUACCAAUCCACAACACAACAACAACAACCCUGAUUUGCUAGAUUUAAUUUGUCGAUCACCCUUUUCGAAAUUGAAGAUUGGACUGCAAGAUCGUGCCAUCCAAUUGCAACAACCAAUACCCAAAAUGGCAGUCGCCUUCCAACACAAUCCACGCUUAAAAGAACUCAUUAUUCAACACACCAUAGACCAACCGGCUCUGGAAGCCAUAUCCGAGUUGCUACGGACCAACCAAACCCUCGAAAAACUCUCUCUGCUACGAAUACAGUGCGACAACUGGAGUACCGUCUUGCAAAACCAUGCUCUAGAACACAACACGACCCUACAGAGCCUCGAGUUGAGCAUUAUUCUCUCCCGUGCCGACCGGUCGCUGUUAAAGACCAACUGGAGCAACUUGGCCAUGUCCCUGAGCCAUCACAAUUCCCGUCUCACCACGCUCCAUGUGGAUUUGGCGGGUGCACGGCAUGGCUCUGGUCUUGCCACGGAACCCUUGUUGAAGAUGCUCCGAGAGGACAACUUUGUGCUGCAAAACAUUGUCAUCAAUCGCAACACGGUCCCAUUGCACCCUGAUAUUCUCUUUUACUUGAAGUUGAACAAGAUUGGGAGGAACAAAUUGUUGCGACAACAAGCCGUGGCAUCCGAAACGGAACUUGUGGCCAACAGCAACAAGGGAAGUCUUCGGGACGAUUGGAUUCAAACGUUGAUCAAACACAAAUCCAAUGUCCGCAUCUUGCACUAUUUCAUCUGCCGAGAUCCCAGCAUUAUUAUCCCACUUACGCUUAGUGCUACUACUUGUUGA